AUGAACUCACCAAAAAAGAAUGCUUUUCCAACACUAAACAACUUGAAAAUUAUACAAUCCUCUUAUGGUUAAAGAAUCAAUAAAUGUGUAAAUAUUUUAAUUAAUAAUUGUUAGACUCAUCUUGUAAUAAAAAAGGACACAAAAAAGAUUAUUGAUACUAGAUUACUAUCUCAAACAUCUAUUGAAUAAGCUAAACAAAAAUUCAUUGCUAAUUAAGAGAGGUAAAGGUAAAUGUAGAAAAGUCUACCUCCAAUAAUGAAAAGAAAGGAAUUUCAUUAAAGAAGUGUUUCAGUUUCAGCUUAAAAAACGUCAUAUUCAAAAUACUUUUAUUUUGUUGGAGAAGGCAAUAAUCAUCAACUAAUUAAGAAAUUAUUAGAUGAAAGGUCUAACUGGGUAUAGGUUAAGGAUCCAAAAUCUAAGAAAAUUAAUUUUAAAUGGCAAGAAACAGAGAAAGGAUAUGAAUAUUAGACUAUUAAUCAAAAAGAACAACCUAUUUAGAUGCUUAAUCAUUUUGAGUUUCAUUCUGAAAUUUCUGAUAAGUUUAAGUUAGCUGUGAAUUUUAAAGUUUAUUGCGAUGUAUCUAAAAUAUAUAAUAAAGAAAAAUAGAUUAAAUAUAUAUGAUUAUAUUCCCACUACUUUUGCCAUAGAAUGUACUAAUGAUAAUCUCAAAUCUGAAUUGUUUUAAUUUAUUUCCUUUUAUCGAUAAAAUUGUCCUUAAAAUAAAUUAUCUGAAUUGGAUAAAACAAUUAAAUAGUAUUUAUUCUCAUAUACAACCCUAUAUGAUACAAAAGUUAAUCAUUAUCCAACAUUAUUUGGCAAUGAAAAUUUAUGGAUAUUUAAACCUUCUAAUAUGAAUCAAGGAAGAGGAAUUCAUGUAGUAAGAAGUUUAUAAGAUGUAUUGGAUAUAUAAAGUAAAUAUUAAGGAGGAUAUAAAGAGAAAUUGUUAGAAGUGAAAAGAAAUGAAUAGAAUGAAAUAAUUAAUAAGGUGGUUUAUUUAAAUACAUUAGUAACAGAAUAAUUUGUAAUCUAAAAAUAUAUAGAGAAACCAUUUUUAAUAGAUGGUAGAAAAUUUGAUAUUAGAGCUUAUGUUUUAAUGACAUCAAAUUUAUAAAUGUAUUUUUAUAGAGAAGGUUAAUUGAGAUUGGCAACUGAAAAAUUUGAUGCAAAAGUAUAAUCUAAUUAUGUUCAUCUUACAAAUAAUGCAAUUUAAUAUACUCAUCCUGAAUAUGGGAAAUCUGAAGAAGGAAAUCAAUACAAUUUUGAAUAGGCUCAAAAUUUAUUUAAGAAAGAUUUUAGAAAAGAAGUAAUAAUAAUUUAAUUUUAGAUUUUAGUACAAAUUAAAAAUAUAUCUUAUACUACAUUUUAAACUGUAAAGCAUAAAAUAAAUAAAAAUAAACGAAAAAAUUGUUUUGAAAUAUUUGGAAUGGAUUUUAUUAUUGAUGAAUAAUAUACUCCAUGGUUAAUAGAAGUUAAUACAAAUCCAAGUUUAGAAGUAACAAGCAAAUUAUUGGAUUAACUAUUUCCAAGAAUGAUUAAUGAUGCAUUUAAAAUUACAAUUGAUUUAGUAUUUCCAUAAGAUGAACCCAAUUGCAAUUAUCCUUUAAUGAACUAUAAAGAUGAUGAAAAUCUAUGGGACAGUAUGGGAUAUUUGCAAUCAUGA